AUGAUAGCUUUAAUUAAGGGAGUACCAAGUCUGAAAAAAGCAUAGAAGAUGUAUCAGAGAGGAUGCUAAUUGUGGAAGACCUUUGUUUUACUUAAAGGAAAGAGUAGUAAAUAGGUAAAGAUUUUGGUUGCUACUGAGAAAAAUACUCUUGAAAAGAAAGAAACUCAUGAUUUAAUUUGA